AUGCAUGCGAGGGUUACUCUGCCGCCGCGAGUCCGGUUAAAGCCGGUGCAGUACAAAUGUAUCAGAAGGUUUUGGCUGCUACUCAUAAUAUUAGAAGUUGUGGUCGCCAACAGACCGCCGAGGUUUCUCAUAGAUGGUCAGUCUGAGAUUGUAGUGAGGUUAAAAGAAGGACCCGACACUCCAGUCGGUAGCUUAAUAUACCGGCUGAGGGGCGUUGACCCCGAUGGAGAUACAUUACAAUUUGGCAUUAGAGACCAACUUGGCAGUGAUAUAUUAAGAUUAGAAGCCAUUUCAUCCAACGAAGCUAAUAUUUAUUUAGUUAAGGAAUUAGAUAGAGAAACCCGUGAUGAAUACUCGUUCGUAUUAACACUAACUGAUGGAAAUCUAGGAGAAGGAAACUUUAUUACCCAGAGCUUUUUGUUGUUGGUUGAAGAUGUGAACGACAACGAGCCUAUUUUUAAGCCGUAUCCCUCUGUGAUCACAGUAAAGGAAGAUUCGCCGCCUAAUAUCUUAACAACUGUAGAAGCUACAGAUCUUGAUGAAGGAGCGUAUGGACAAGUGGUGUAUCACUUACAAGAAUUAGAUGGAGACGUGGAAAACUUUGGUGUACAAACUGUGAAUGGAAAAGGAGUGGUCAGAUUAACAAAUCGUUUAGAUUACGAACGCAAAUCUUUAUAUCAACUGCGAGUUCUGGCCGUGGACCGAGCUAAUCAAGGUAGAGUGAAUACGGGAACGGCCGCUAUACUGGUGAAGGUGCUAGAUGUCGAGGAUCAGCCGCCGGAAUUCGUAGUUGCAAGUCCUGUUACGAGAAUAAGUGAAGAUGCUCCUGUUGGAACCUCUGUCUUACAAGUGCGUGCAAUUGAUGGCGACCGUGGAAUCAACAAUCGCAUCUCAUAUAGCAUCAUAUCAGGUGGAGAGGAGCACUUUGAUAUUGAUAGCAGUUCUGGAGUUGUAUACACAAUCAAUCAGCUUGAUAGGGAAGACCCUAAUAACAGCAAUGGAGCUUAUAUUUUGGAAAUACUGGCCAUGGAAGAAUCCCAUGCAGUGUCACCUAUGCCCAGUGCAACUACAGAGGUGACCGUUAUAGUAACGGAUGUAAAUGAUGAAACACCUAGAUUCAGAAGUGACAGAUAUGUAGGUGAAGUGCUAGAGAAUGCACAGCAGAACACUCCUAUUACCUUCCUGCAGGAUGCCAUACCAGAAGUAUUUGAUUACGAUCAGGGUAAAAAUGGUACCUUCGAAUUAUACUUAAAUGGAGACCAUGGGGUGUUUGAUGUAACGCCAUUCAAAGGUAUCAACGAGGCUUCGUUUCUGAUCAGAGUCAAUGACGCAUUAUUUCUGGAUUAUGAAAAAGUCACUGUAAUGAAUUUCACUCUAGUCGCCAAAGAAACUGUUACCAAAGAUCCUAAAAUGAGUAUAGUGCCAAUAGUGGUCCACAUAAGAGAUGAAAAUGACAAUUUUCCGGAGUUCACUGAAUCUUUAUACACUGUAUCAAUACCUGAAAAUUGUAAAGUGGGUACAACUGUUGCUUGGGUGCAAGCAUUAGAUCAGGACUCGGACAACUAUGGAACAAGGGGCAUUAGGUAUACCAGUCUUGGAGGAAGCAUUGCUAAUCUCUUAAACCUCAACCCAGUAUCUGGUGUAAUAACUGUUAAACAAGCGGGUGGAGACAGUUUUGAUCGCGAGCUCAUUUCCCGCCAUUACUUGACAGUUGAGGCUCGAGAUGACUUAGGCAAAGGCAAUAGAAAUACAGCCCAGCUUGUCAUAAACAUAGAAGAUGUCAACGACAACGCUCCAAUGUUCCUCGCAAAUAAAUAUGAAGCGAGAUUAUUGGAGAAUGAAAAAGAAUUUGAGAAUCCACUAGUACUUGAAGCCAGAGAUUUGGAUUUGAAUGGUACUAAAAACAGUCACAUUGAAUACUCAAUAGUGGGCGGUGACUAUAGAAAUAAUUUCUCAAUAGACCCCAAUUUGGGUAUUAUCACUCCAAAGGAAGGACUAGACUUCGAACAGAUACCUGGAGAUAACACCAAUAUACGGCCUAUACAUCUAAUCGUUCGCGCUCGUGACUUCGGCGAGCCGCCCCUAUCUUCAACAGUGCCUGUAACUAUUUACAUUCAAGAUGUGAACGACCACGCGCCGAUGUUCCAACAACUGAUGUACAAGCGAUCUAUUCCUGAAGACAUGCCUGGUGGGACUAGUGUACUUGAGGUAAAAGCCCGUGACGCAGAUGGCUCAUCUCCGAACAACCGCGUGGUGUACCGCAUACAGCGCGGCGCCAGCGAUAAGUUCGUGAUCGAGUCGCGCACCGGCGUCGUGUCCGUCGCCAACGGCUCGCAGCUCGACCCUGACAAGACUACACCCAAGAGCAACAAAUACACACUCACUGUGGUGGCGCUAGAUGGCGGUAUCGGUGAUCAACAACUAAGUGCUGCAGUUCUAGUAAAUAUUACCAUAGUUGAUGUAAACAACAAACCACCAGUUCUUGUUGAGCCUGGAACUGUCACUGUCAGAGAAAAUACACAGGUAGGAACUCAAAUAUAUCGCGCUGAAGCUCACGAUCCCGACGAUCAACCGGUACUGCGGUAUUCGAUCGACAAAACUGGUAGUUCCGCUAGGAAUGAGGAUGGAAUACCUAUAUUGUUAUCGGACUUUGAUUAUCUCUCGUUAUGGGAUCUAAAUGCGGUGGAUGGGACUUUGAGGGUAGUCAGGCUACUGGAUCGAGAAAAAAUAGAGACUAUAAAGCUUAUUAUAACUGUAGAAGAUAUGGCUGCUAUAGAAGGUGGUCCUCGUCAGACGGCUUCGGCCACUCUGACGAUAACCAUAGACGAUGAGAACGACAACAAUCCGGUGUUUAGAAAGCCAUUCUACAAAACUUCAAUCACCGAAAACUCUAAAACUGGCGUCAAUAUUGCUACUGUAAUCGCUGAUGAUGCUGAUAAAAAUAGAACCAUGACAUAUUUUAUUGAAGGUCGUGAGGAGCUCUUGAGCCUAGUGCAUCUGGAAAGUACCACAGGCGAAGUGGUCGUCGCUAGCAAGAUUGACCACGAACUGUACCCUUGGAUCAACCUCACUGUAAAAGGAGUUGACAGCGGAGUGCCACCCAGGUAUUCAGUUGUGGACUUAAUUAUACAGGUAUUAGAUGAGAACGACAACAACCCUAUAUUUGAAUCAUCCGCAUUCGAGUACCGAAUACUUGAAGAUGUAGAACCAGGGACAACGGUUGCCAAUAUAGUGGCAAAGGACGCUGAUUCCGGAGAAUAUGGAAAGAUAACGUAUCUACUCGAUCGUAUGUCCACACAGGGUAAAUUUCUAAUAAACGCUGAUACAGGAGCGUUGACAGUGUCAGAUUGGCUGGACAGAGAAACACAAGCGACAUACAACUUGGUAAUAGAAGCAUGGGACAACUACCAGUUUGGAUAUCUCAGUGGCGAGAGUCGCAAUGCUUUCAAACAAAUUGUCGUACACAUCGAAGACGUGAACGAUAACCCUCCAAUUCUGCACGUACCGUCAGAAUGCACCACAAUUACUGAGUUCCACAACUACCGCGAACCCAUCGUGUCGGUGUCGGCCACUGAUGCGGACGACAACAGCGCGCCGAAUGGACGGGUGCAGUUUCAUUUGGUUGGGGGGAAAGGACAUGAUCUGUUUCGCUUCGAACAAGUCGGUGGUGACGCAAAUACUGGUCGCCUGUUCGCCAAACAAUCGCUCAAGGACCGUUUCGGCAACUACUCACUGCUAGUCGAAGCUCGUGACUUGGGCAUACCGCCCAACGCCGUGAGAGGAGAACUGCGACUGUGUGUAACAGACUAUAACGAUCAUGCGCCUGUGUUCGUACAUCCGCCGCAAAAUGUAACUAUUAAAGUGCCAGAGAACGCGACGGUAGGAUCCCGCGUGGUGGAGGUCCGCGCGAUCGACGCGGACAUCGGGCCGAACGGCGCGGUGCGGUACCGCGUGCGGCGCGACGCGGGCGGCGCGUGGCGCGCCUUCAGCGUGCACGCCACCAGCGGCGCGCUGCGGACCGCGGCGCCGCUCGACCGCGACAAGCAGACCACCUACCAGCUACGCAUAGAAGCCUAUGACCUCGGUUUGCCCACUCCUCUGAGCUCAGACUUAGACCUCACUAUAUACGUUCAAAACGUUGACAAUUAUCGCCCACGGUUCCCCAAUAAACAUAUAUAUAUUAACUUCACUGAGAACGCUGACAUUAAUAGCAUAUUUUUACCCACUGUCAUUGAAAGGGAUGAGAUUGACGUGGGUGAUGAACCAGUGUUGCCAGUCUGCUAUUAUAUAGUGGACGGCGAUGUAGAUAAUAUAUUUGAACUGCAGAAGAAUACUCAUAGACUGUCGACACUAAAGCUCUUAGACAGAGAAGAAAAAUCGGCGUAUAUCCUCACAGUAUUAGCCUCAGAAGACUGUAUCACAGUGCCAAAGUACCAAGAAGAACUGGACGGGAUCAGUAGUUUGAAAGUGCAUAUUGCAGUAAAUGAUAUUAAUGAUAAUGCGCCGACGUUUGUGAGCAAGAUAUUCACUGGUGGAAUAACCACUGAAGCUGAUUUUGGGAUCGAAUUUAUGCAUGUUAAGGCCAUAGAUUUAGAUGAAGGUGAAAAUGCUAAAAUAAGUUAUUUUCUUAUCGGGGAUGUGAAAGAAACUUUGACAGAAGGGCUAGAGAACUUAGCUGUAUCACCCUUUCUCGUAAACAUGGAAACGGGAGCAGUUUCUUUAAAUUUUGACCCACAAAAAGGAAUGAAAGGGUAUUUUGAUUUUAAAGUGUUAGCCAACGACACAGACGGUCUGUACGACGAAGCACAUGUAUUCAUAUACCUACUCCGCGAAGACCAACGAGUGCGAUUUGUUCUACGCGCCCAUCCUUCUGAAAUACGAGACAAAAUAUCCGUGUUCCGCGAACAUUUGGCGCGAGUGACCAACUCGGUCGUCAAUAUAGAUGAUUUAAGAGUACAUGAGAACAAGGACGGCUCGGUGGAUAAUACGAAGACGGAUCUGUAUCUGCACCUUGUGAACAGAGAAGAUCAUUCCGUGCUCGAUGUUGAGCAAGUGUUGAAACUGGUUGAUCAGAAUAUAGAAUAUUUGGAUGAACUCUUUAAGGAGUUCAAUGUCCUUGAUACUCAACCAGCGGAAUACCAGCCCCUUACUGCGGAGACAUUGUCAUCAAACCAAACAGUAUUCUGGCUCGUAUGGACAACACUUUUCCUGUCGGUUUUGCUAGUCCUUACCGUAAUGAUGUGUCUCUCACAGCGAGCGGACUACGUACGAAGGCUAAAAGCGGCCACUGCAACAGCCUAUUCGUCCCCAACACCCGGUGAAUCAGAUAUGACAAUUCGUAGUGCCGGCGGUAGAGUGCCGAACACAAACAAACACUGCUCAAAGGGCUCCAAUCCAAUAUGGCUCCAAGCUUACGAAAAUGACUGGUACAAAACAGAGGAUCAACUCAGCCGCUCAGAACGAGAUUCACUAGACGAAAAUGCCGUGGACCAAGACUUGUCAAAUGAAAAACCUUACUUCAUAACUACGGGUGCUUUUCCUUCGAUCGAAUCAACUGAAACUCAAACAAAUCAAGCCAAAUACGACUUUUACCAACAGUUGGAUCAAAUGAAAAACGCUAAGAAUAUGGAAACGACUGAAUUGUAA